ACGCGCCUAAUGUCUGUGGGGGUGCAUGAGUGUACAAUCGGACUGUUGCUUGGACGGCAGAAUGUGUGUUUGUAAUAGGCAGCGCUGGCAGACAAAAUAUACACAGACUAACGACUUGUACACAAGUCUACCACAAGUGUAAAACCCGGUAACACGCAUCCAUCCAGUGGGUACACAACUGAUCCAGUGAGUAUACACUGUACCGAAGCUAUUGACGUUUUAGAGAAGGUCAAAGGGCAGCAUGUGUGAUUUCUCAGUUGGGGAAUUCCCUAUAGCUCGUCCGGCACUUGUCGAUUGAAACCAUUGUGUUCGACGUGCCGUGUUUGUUUUGGUACACAUAGUACGAUGAGUGCUGUGCAUUCGGUUUGGCUUUAUCAGUAGCUUCCGCAAGGCUUCAGAAGAACACCUACCUACAAUGCUGUCACAGGCUUUUCAAGAGAAGGGUUUCCACAGUCUCUUUACUUGAAUUGAAAACAAAAUAUGGGCUCGAUAUGGUCAUGGCUUUUCGAGGACCAAACCUCGAAUUCGCCUCAGGAUGAACUUUUGUCAGUGGUUGUCCAUGGAGGUGAGCCCAACCCGGGUGAGGAGAAAGACGAGCCCUGGUGUUUGUCUCAGGAUGAGCUAGGGAAUUGGUUUAUCGAAAAUAUACAACAUGGGACGAAAGCCUUCUCAACGGACUGCAAAUCAGCAAUUGACAGUGUGGUCCAACACAUUUACGUCCAUUGCUCUGAAAACAUUCUCGCCUUUCAUGUUAAUAAAGUUGUCAAGGGUGGAUCGCUCGGAAAGGGCACUAUGGUAAAAGAUCUAUCGGACGUGGACCUGGUUGCAUUCGUCAGCCAACCAUAUCUGGAACCCAUCUCAGAGAUUGGAAAGGAAGAAUAUAAGGAAACUUUGUUGGGAAUAAUUUCCGAUCUAGCGUCAUCUUUGAAAGGUGUGCCGCACGUCCGAAUCAUACGAUCAGAUGAAUACUUGUUGAAUUUUAAGAUACAAGUCGGACGUCGAUGGAUAGACGUCGAUGUUCUUCCUACAACGGAUAACGUUCCAAAUAAUCAAGAGUUGUUUCGCAAACUCUUUCUGACUAUGCUAGAAGUCGGGAAUGGAACAAGACAGCUUUAUUCUGCAUCAUUCGUUGAGUACCAAAUACAGUUUGUUAAGGAACAACCCGGCCACGUGAAGGAGUUGAUACGCCUGGUGAAGUAUUGGGCGUCUAGAUUCCUUCCUAAGUAUCUCCAGAAGUCCUACCCUCUGGAGUUGAUCACCAUCUACCUUUGGGAGAAGGCAGGGAAGCCCGAACGACGACUGAACAAAGCUCAGGGUUUGAGGAGCGUCUUGGAGGUUCUGACCAAACUGGACAGGCUGCGUGUUUCUUGGAAAUACAUGCACAAUGAUGAUCACCUUGAAGAAACUAUUAUCAGGAAACUCAAAAUGGAAAGACCAAUCGUUUUGGACCCGGCAAAUCCGACGAACAACGUUUGCUACAUGUACCACCUUCGGGACAACAUAGAGGUAUUAGCCUCAGCUGCCGAAAGAACCCUUCAGACAGACCUCCUGGAAAACGUCAUCGUGUGGCCACAAGUGAGAGAAUAUCAUCGCGCCUUCAACAAGCAAAGAGCAGCAUUUUCAAACACUUGGCCUACGCGGUAAACUUUCCACCUUUCAUGGGCAAGUUUGGGUGAGCGACUAGACCUUGGCUAGACUGACUGGACUAACAGAAACCAUAGAGCACAGGGAGAUUGACUAUUAUCGGAUCAUGCACAGGGGGAAUCGUCGAUAUGUAUGGUGUUCCAUAGAUAUGGUCAAUUCGUGAGCAACGUCACAAUUUCUGGUAAGAAUAUUAUGCUUUUUGAUUUCAGUAGGCCUACACAUCAAUACGAACAUUACUUGAUAAAAUGCUGGAUAUUUUAAUAAUGAUAGCAAGAUCAGUGGUUUAAUAUGCAAAGUCUUUUUGCAAUAUCUUGAACGUGAAAGACUACUUAGUUGUAUUCUCAGUAUUGAUUUAUUUAUGUUUGCGAUUAAUCACUUUUCGGAUACCCCGAAGGCAUUUCCUUCUAACGGAGAGGGUUCACAUGUUAAAUAAUUAAUUACCGAAAUACACUUGUUACACACUAUUGAGAAAACAAAAUGAGCAGUGCUAAAUCAAAGUUUAUACGAUCACUUUUAUGAAU